AUGUCUCACCCGUCCCGGCCCAGAGUCGCGCGAUUCUAUCGCCACCUGGUUGCGGAACGGUGGGACGCCGCAUCGAUUCAGAUCCGCUGCGACCACGGCGUUCAACGCAUCCAGGGCCACCACGAUGCAGACAACCGUAUCGGGCGCACGUCCCCUCCCUCUGCGAGGGCGACCUCUGGUGCUCAUCUGCGUGACGACCGUCUCAUGGGUCGUCUGUGUCGUGCUUGUUACCCUCAGAUUAUACCUGCGCUCACGCAGGCGGCGACAGGCCUGGAUUUGGGGCUGGGACGAUAUCAUGGCACUUGCUGGACAGGUGAGGGUGAGAAACUCGACGAUUCCAAAAACCUAGGACUGACUCAAUGGUGUUUGGUCAUUGCGCAGAUUUCAUUCAGUGUUCUCUGUGCUUUUACAAUUGUCAGUUCAUGUUAUGGCUUAGGUAUCCCGGCGGAAGACCUUAGCGCUGCCAACUCAAUUGGUGCGCUGAAAUACUUGACUUUGUUUGAAGCAUGCUAUUUCGUUGUCCAGUGUUUCAUCAAGACGUCCAUCGGCAUCACGGUCCUACGAACAAUCUGCACCACACGGCGUCAACGAUAUGUCGUGUACGGUAUAAUCGCAUCGACGGUCCUAGUCCUCUUGACGUUCUUCGUCUGGCUCUUUUCCGCCUGCCGACCCGUCGCAGCUCACUGGGAUAGAAGUCUGGGCACCUGCAGCUACAGCGGCUAUGUGGUGGCACUCCACCUGAUAUCUGCCAUCGCGGUCUUCACAGAUGCGACCUUCACUUUCAUGCUCGUCUGGGCAAUCUGGAGGACGCACCUGCCUACCAGGAACAAGUACAUGCUCAUGGGCGUCUUCUCGUUCGGCGCACUGGCCGUUUUGGCAUGUAUCGUUCGAUGGGCGCUCAUAGAGUACAUUGUAUACCGGCUUUCUACACUCUUUCUGUGUAAGCGCCCCUUCCAGAGCUGGCUGUUUGUCGACUGCAGAGCUCUGCACAGCCAAGUACGAUGCUAG